ACGUGAGGACACACCCAUCUUUUGCCUGCGUUGACUUCUCUUUGCAGGCUUGUUCAAGGCCUGUCCAGUUGUUUGCAACCAUGUCUUUGCUCUUUAGCUUGGUUCUGUUGUCUCUAGCUGGUUUAGCAUUUUGCUCGCAUCAUUAUGAUCCUAACAAUUGUAACUUUACAUUGAGUACAAAGGACGGGACCACUUGUGCUUAUAUCAACGUUAAACUUAGUCUCAAUAGCACCAGUGAUCCUGAGGGAAACUAUACCAUUGACUGCAAGCAGCACAACUUCACUACAAAUGGUUCAUGUUACAAUCAUACUGCUCAUUUUAAUCAAACCAUUUUCGAUUUCUCUUUUGAAUGGAAGGAUGCAAGUGAUAACAGAUUUAAUGGCAGUGCAUCUAUCAAUUUCACUGCUUAUGAUAAUUUUAAAGCGUGGAAUGUGUCAAAUUGGGCAGUUGAUGGAGAUCUACCAGUAUCCGACAAGACUGAUGAAUUAGUCAGCUGCUCCAUUGGGGAUAGACUGUUUCAAUACACAUAUGGUUUGGAUACUUUCAAAUCUUACACCUGCAAUUCAUCACUGAGUUAUACCAAUAGCUGCAAUGUGUCCGAUUUAUUUGUUGUCAUUAGUGACCUCCGAAUUCAGGCUUUUAAAUUCAAUGCAAACUAUACAUUUGAUACCGCUUACAGGUGUGAUGCUGAUAUAAAGGGCUCUAAGUAUAUUCCCAUUAUUGUUGGAGGUGCACUAGUUGGUCUUGUUCUUGUUGUAUUUGCUGCUUACAUUGUUGGAAGAAUUAGGAAUCACAAACGGAGCCAAUACCAACCAAUUAGCUGAUUUAUUCUUGUUAUUAACAAUGAAUUAUUUUUCUUUGCUAUUAUUUUUGUAUUACCUGCCUAGCUCAGUAUAAAAUUUUAUUCGGUCGCCCUGUUAAAAAUAAUCUUUUGUAAACA